AUGGCUCUCCUCGUCGAUAAACACCGCCCCCGAUCCCUCGAUCAACUAACCUAUCACCCUGAGCUCUCAGACCGUCUCCGUUCACUCGCGCAAAGCGGCGACUUUCCUCACCUCCUAGUCUACGGUCCCUCUGGCGCAGGCAAGAAAACCCGCAUUGUUGCAACACUCAAAGAACUCUACGGGCCCGGCGUGGAAAAGAUCAAAAUCGACUCCCGUGUCUUCCAAACAACCUCCAAUCGCAAACUCGAAUUCAACAUCGUCUCCUCCGUUUACCAUCUCGAAAUUACACCCUCAGAUGUCGGCAACUAUGACCGCGUUGUGGUACAGGACCUCUUGAAAGAAGUUGCACAAACGCAGCAAGUAGAUACGUUCGCCAAGCAGCGUUUUAAAGUAGUCGUUAUCAAUGAAGCCGACCAUUUGACGCGAGAUGCCCAGGCGGCGUUGAGGCGGACGAUGGAGAAGUACAGUCCGAAUUUGAGGUUGAUAUUGUUAGCGAACAGCACGGCCAAUAUAAUUGCGCCGAUUCGGAGUCGAACGUUGCUGGUUAGGGUGGCGGCGCCGACAGAAGGGGAGAUAUGUGACGUGCUAGAGAGGAGUGGCAGAAGGGAGGGUUGGGCAGCGAGUAAAGGGUUGAAUGAGAGGAUUGCGAGGGAGAGUGGGCGGAAUCUGAGGAGAGCGUUGUUGAUGUAUGAGGCGGUACAUGCGCAAAACGAGAAAAUAACCGACACAACACCCAUCCCACCUCCCGACUGGGAAGCCCUCAUCUCUCAAGUCGCCUCCGAAAUCAUGCAAGAACACUCCCCAGCCCGUAUCCUCGAAGUCCGCGCCAAACUCUACGAUCUCCUGACACAUUGUAUCCCUCCUACGACUAUAUUGAAGACCCUGACGUUUAAGCUGGUCACGCAAGUGGAUGAUGGGUUGAAAGCAGAUGUGAUCAAAUGGAGUGCGUUCUAUGAGCAUCGGAUUCGGAUGGGUACGAAGGUUAUCUUCCAUUUGGAGGCGUUCGUGGCGAAGUUCAUGAGGAUUUUGGAGGAGUAUACUAUGGAGAUGGAUUUCAACUAG